GGUCUUCGCUGUUCGGUUCCUCCGCUCGUGGUCUGUGGCGGGACAGCGAAAGACACGCAGCGGAGCGCAGGGGUUGAAAAAAAAGGCAGAGCCUACGAGAGAGGCGCGCCUGGAGAAGCCUCUGGCGCCCGUCUCUUUUCUUUCAUUCGCCUCAUGAGUUUUGCUAAUGGGUGUGAGCAAGCUAGAUGUUUUAUACAGACGCCUUCUUCUUACUAAACUUUUCAUUCAAGGAUGGGGAAGACCAGAAGAUCUGAAAAGAAUAUUUGAAUUCAGAAAGAUUAUUGGAAACAGGGAAAAAUGCCAGACUUUGGUUUCAAGAGACUAUCCAGUGCAUGUUAACAAGGUUGAAGAGCAAUCAGAUUGCAAGAUCCUUAAUGGACACUUUAUUUCACCCUUGGCUCAUUAUGUUCCAGAUAUCAUGCCAAUGGAAACCAUUACAGCAAGGUUUCAGUUUAUAGUACCGAAGCGGUGGAACAGCAAGCACAAACCUGUAUGUGUUCAUUUAGCAGGGACUGGAGACCAUUACUUCUGGAGACGACGCACUUUAAUGGCCCGGCCAAUGAUCAAAGAGGCUUGUAUGGCUUCAUUGCUACUAGAGAAUCCUUAUUAUGGAUGCAGAAAGCCUAAGGAUCAGUUAAGGUCAAGUCUAAAAAAUGUGUCUGAUCUGUUUGUGAUGGGAGGCGCUCUUGUGCUAGAAUCGGCAGCUCUUUUACACUGGCUUGAGAGAGAAGGUUAUGGACCCCUAGGAAUGACUGGAAUAUCAAUGGGAGGACAUAUGGCAUCAUUAGCAGUAUCAAACUGGCCGAAACCAUUGCCCCUAGUUCCUUGUCUAUCCUGGUCUACAGCUUCUGGUGUUUUUACUACGGGUGUACUGAGCAAAGCAGUGGACUGGAGGGAGCUAGAGAAACAGUAUUAUAGUCACAGUGUUUAUGAAGAAGAAAUCAUUCAGAUGCUUGAAUAUUGUGGGACAGAUUCAUUCAAGAUGGGACAAGACUUUGUUAAAAAUUCUCCCAGCAGUGUGGACAGCUUAAGCAACCUGGAUCUGAAUUCUAGUAUGCAGAACUUGGAUACCAGAAGCAAAGUUCCAUCUUCGGAAGGUGGCCGCUGCCUUAGCGCUAGCAAAAGUACUCUAAGUGCCUCAGCAGAAGGAUUGUUAGUGAAAGAGGCAUCAAAAAUGCAGUGCAUAAACCAGACAUUUUCAACCACCAGCGAUAGCAAUAAGGACUUUACCUAUGAGCAGAAGCAUCUGAUAAGUGGGAAAAGUGACACUUUACAAAGAGAAUCUCUAAGGUUUAUGAAAGGGGUGAUGGAUGAAUGUACCCAUGUAGCUAACUUUUCAGUUCCAGUUGAUCCGACACUGAUCAUAGUUCUUCAAGCCAAGGAGGAUGCUUAUGUUCCAAGAACUGGAGUGCGUAGCCUUCAAGAAAUAUGGCCAGGAUGUGAAGUCAGAUAUUUGGAAGGAGGUCAUGUUAGUGCAUACCUCUUCAAACAAGGAUUGUUCAGGCAAGCCAUAUAUGAUGCAUUUGAUCGUUUUCUUCAGAAAUAUGCCAUAUAGUCCUGUUCUGAACUACUCUGCAUAAUCUUGUUCUGAGUUUUCCUUGUGGAUUUUCAUGUUUGGAGAACAACUUGAUUAGAGAUGUUUAAUGAGGUCACUAAUUGAAUGUCCUGUGCAGCUGUUAUCAAUAUUAGCAAUCCAAAAAUAAGAACCCUAUCAGCCAAGGUCAACCAACUUUGAUUAGUCAAAACUAUGAAUAUCUUAGCACAAUUUGUUAAUGCCAACUAUGUUUGAAGUCCAUAAAAUAUGGUUUUAAAAUAGCUAACUUAAUUUGCACAUGUACAUUGAAAAGAGACAA